AAGAGACAGAGAAGAGGAGAGACGUGGAGUGCCAAGCUCCUCUGCCGGCUCCAGGCGCUGUUGUUGUUGUCGUUUCGGGGUCAAGAUGAGCAGCCCCUGCCUGCUGCGCGCCACCCCUUUAAGCCAACCCCGGCUCAGAGAGGUCAACAUCAGCCUGAAGGCCAGCAGCAGGGAGACCCCCACCCCCCGGACCAGCAGCAGUGGGGGCACUAAGGAGGCUGCCAGCCGGCCCUACACCCUAAUGGAGAAGGAGCCCCCUGUCCGGGUCGGCAUGAGCAUCAGCCGGAGCAGGAGCAACCCCCCAGUCCACCGGGCCCAGAGAGCUGAGAGCAGGAAGACCUCCAGGGGGGGCAGCAGCAUCAGCAGGAAGCAGCAGGACCCCGACCCCAACAAACUGGAGAGGAACGGCACAGUCCUACAUGUCCCGCUCUCUGUGGCUCCAGCGGGACCCCCCACCUUCUCCUCGUCCUCUUCCUCAUCCUCCUCCUGCACCCCCAGACGUCAGCGGGCCUCUCACCCCCACCACCCCCCCGCCCUCCUCUCAUCCUCCUCGGCUAAAAGUAUGAAGCGGGCGCGCCGGCUGAGUUACAGCACCUCCAACAUCUGCUUCAACUCCAUCCUGGAUGGACGCUUCAGGCAGCUGCAAGAUGAGCGCGAGGCGGUUCAGAAGAAGACCUUCACUAAAUGGGUCAACUCCAUCCUGUCCCGGGUCGGCUGCCGAAUCUCUGACCUCUACCUGGACCUGCGAGAUGGACGCAUGCUCAUCAAACUGCUGGAGGUGCUGUCCGGAGAACGGCUGCCAAAACCCACUAAGGGCCGGAUGCGUAUCCACUGCCUGGAGAACGUGGACAAGGCUCUGCAGUUCCUCAAAGAGCAGAGGGUCCACCUGGAGAACAUGGGCUCCCACGACAUCGUCGACGGCAACCAUCGCCUCAUCCUCGGCCUCAUCUGGACCAUCAUCCUUCGCUUCCAGAUCCAGGACAUUGUUGUGGAAACGGGCCAGGCGGACCAGAAGGAGACGCGCUCAGCCAAGGACGCUCUUCUUCUGUGGUGCCAGAUGAAGACGGCGGGAUAUCCCAAUGUCAACAUCAGAAACUUCACCACCAGCUGGAAGGACGGCAUGGCCUUCAACGCUCUCAUACACAAACACCGGCCAGAUUUGGUGGACCUUAACAAACUGAAAAAGUCAAACCCGUCGCACAACCUCCAGAGCGCCUUCAACGUGGCAGAGCAGCAGCUUGGUGUGCACAAACUGUUGGACCCUGAAGAUGUGUUCACAGAGAACCCAGAUGAAAAGUCCAUCAUCACGUACGUCGUUGCAUUUUACCACUACUUCUCCAAGAUGAAGCAGCUCGCUGUCGAGGGAAAGAGAGUUGGAAAGGUUCUGGAUCACGCCAUCGAGACAGAGAAGAUGAUUGAUAAAUACGAGACGCUGUCCUCAGACCUGCUGACGUGGAUCGAGCAGACCAUCAUCGUGCUGAACAACCGGAAACUCGCCAACUCUCUGACGGGAGUCCAGCAGCAGCUCCAGGCCUUCAACACCUACCGCACGGUGGAGAAGCCGCCCAAGUUCCAGGAGAAGGGGAACCUGGAGGUUCUGCUGUUCACCAUCCAGAGUCGAAUGAGAGCCAACAACCAGAGGGUGUACACGCCUAAAGAGGGAGCCCUGGUGGCUGAUAUCAACAGGGGCUGGGAGCGUCUGGAGGGGGCGGAGCACGAGCGGGAGCGUGUCCUGAGAGACGAGCUGAUCCGACAGGAGAAGCUGGAGCAGAUGGCCAGGAGAUUCGACAGGAAGGCGGCCAUGAGGGAGACCUGGCUGCAGGAGAACCAGAGGCUGGUGGCUCAGGAUAACUUUGGUUAUGACCUGCCAGCAGUGGAGGCAGCGAAGAAGAAGCACGAUGCCAUUGAGACGGAUAUCGCUGCGUAUGAGGAGCGUGUUAAGGUCCUGGUGGACAUCUCCAAGGAGCUGGAGUCUCAGAGGUACCACGACGCCAAACGCAUUGACGUGCGGAAAGACAACAUCCUGCGCAUGUGGGACUACCUGCAGGAGCUGCUGAAGGCUCGCAGGGCGCGUCUGGAGAAGAACCUGAUGCUGCAGAGGAUCUUCCAGGAGAUGCUGUACAUCAUCAGCUGGAUGGACGACAUGAAGGCCCGCCUUCUGUCUCCUGACUUUGGGAAACACCUGCUGGAAGUGGAAGACCUGUUGCAGAAGCACGCUCUGCUGGAGAACGACAUCGCUCUGCAGGCAAACCGAGUGCAGAAGGCCAGCGCUGCGGCUCUUCAGUUCGCCAACGGAGACAGCUACAAGCCGUGUGAUCCUCAGGUGAUCCGGGACAGGGUGCAGCACCUGGACCUGUGCUACCAGGAGCUCUGCGCGCUGGCGGCCCAGCGGAGGGCUCGCUUGGAGCAGUCCCGCCUCUUCUGGAACUUCCUGUGGGAGACGGCGGAGCUGGAGAGCUGGAUCCGAGAGAAGGAGCACCUCUUCUCCUCCCUGGAUUACGGCAAGGACCUGACGAGUGUGCUGGUGCUGCAGAGCAAACACAGCGCCUUCGAGGACGAGCUCGGGGCCCGCCGUGCAAACCUGGACCAGGUCCAGGCCGAAGGACAGAAGAUGAUCGAGGCCGAGCACUACGGCUCCCCGAAGGUCCAAGAACGCAUGGACGACAUCAGGAGGCAAUGGCAGCAGCUGGAGGAGCUGGCUGCGUUCCGGAAACAGAACCUCCAGGACACCCAGAGGUUCUUCCAGUUUCAGGGAGACGCAGAUGAACUCAAGGCCUGGCUGCUGGGUGCAAAGAGGCAGAUGAGCAGCGACGACAUGGGCAACGACGAGUACACCACCCAGAGGCUGCUGAGGAAGCACAGGGACCUGAAGAAUGAGACGAUAAAGAACGGAGCCACCAUAGAUGCUCUGUCCAAACAGGCCAACGCGCUGCCGGAGGAGCUGCAGAACACGCCGGACAUUCAGAGACGCCUGAAAGACAUUAAGGACCUGUUCAUGGAGCUCAUGUCUCUGGCCGACCUGAGGCAGAAGAAGCUGGAUGACGCCAUGUCCCUGUACACCAUCUUCAGUGAGACAGACGCCUGCGAGCUGUGGAUGGGGCAGAAGGAGACGUGGUUGGUGGGUUUGGAAGUGCCUAAGAAACUGGAGGAUCUGGAAGUAGUACAGAAUAGGUUGAGCAUUCUUGCUCAAGAUAUGGCAAAUGUUCAGUCGAGAGUUGAUGACGUGAAUCAAGCCGUGAAACAGCUCGAGGACAGCAGACACCCUCGCACCAGAGAGGUCAAGGAAUGUCAGAUGCGACUGAAUAAGAGGUGGGAGGCCUUCAAGGCCAUGGUGGAGGACAAGAAGAGGAAAGUGGAUUCUGCCGCUAGUCUGAACAACUACGGGCUGGAGUGUGACGAGACAGAGUCCUGGAUCAAAGACAAGACUCGGGUGAUCGAGUCCACGGUGGACCUGGGCAACGACCUGGCAGCCGUCAUGACCAUCCAGAGGAAGCUGUUCGGCAUGGAGAGAGAUCUGGCUGCCAUCGAAAACAAGCUCACCUUCCUGAGGAACGAGGCCGACCAGCUGGCUAUGGAUCACCCGGAGAGCGCUGGAGACAUCCUGGCCCGCAGAGGGGAGCUGGACGCAGCCUGGGACGCGCUGAGAAAGACUCUGAAAGACAGAGAGGACUCUUUGGGUGAGGUCAGCAAGUUACAGACCUUCCUCCAAGACAUGGACGACUUCCAGUCCUGGCUUUUCAAGACCCAGAAAUCUGUGGCUUCAGAGGAAAGGCCCACCACGCUGCCGGAGGCCGAGGAGCAGCUCAGCCUUCACGACGCUGUGCGAGAAGACAUCAACAACCACGAGGAGGACUAUCACCAAGUGAGGGACACCGGGACACAGGUCACCCAGGGCCAGGAGGACGAUCCUCAGUACCAGCAGCUGGAGCAGAGGCUCAACGGGCUGGACCGAGGGUGGGUCGAGCUGCAGAAGAUGUGGGACAACCGGAAAGGUUUCCUGGACCAGGGUCUUGGCUUCCAGCAGUUCAUGAGGGACUGUAAGGCUGUAGAGGCCAUCCUCAACAACCAGGAGUACACAUUGGCCCACAUAGACAAGGCCGACACGUCAGCUGGGGCAGAGAAGGCUCUGAAGAAGCAUGAGGACUUUGUGAGCACCAUGGAGGCCAACGAGGACAAGAUAGAUGGCGCUCUGCAGGGCGGCCAGCGGCUGGUGGACAGCAGGAACCUGUACUCUGGGAAAGUGCAGGAUAAAACUGACUCAAUCCGAGACAGGCAUAACAAGAAUAAGAGGAGAGCCCAGGAGGUGUCGGAGAAGCUCAGAGACAACCGCGACCUGCAGCACUUCCUGCAAAACACCCAGGAUCUGACUGUGUGGAUCAACGAGAAGAUGCUGACGGCUCAGGACACGUCGUACGACGAGGCCAGGAACCUGCACAGCAAGUGGCUGAAACACCAGGCCUUCAUGGCUGAGCUGGCCUCCAACAAGGACUGGCUGGACAACGUGGACCAGGAGGGUCAGGAGCUCAUGGAGUCCAAACCUGAGCUGGAGCCCAUCGUGAAGGAGCGUCUGGACAAACUUCACGAGCUGUGGGACACGCUGGAGUCCACCACCCAGGAGAAGGCUCGUCUACUGUUUGAUGCAAACCGCUCCGAGCUUUACGACCAGAGCCUCACGGACUUGAAUACGUGGCUCGGGGGUCUGAAGCAGCAGCUGCAGAGCGGGGAGGAAGACGUCAAAGACCUGACGAAAGCCAACAUCUUGCUCAAGAAGCAUCAGAUGACGGAGAACCAGGUGCGUGAGCGGGUGCAGGAGCUGGAGGAGCUCCAGGAGGCGGUGAGGAAGCACGGGGGGGGCAGGGAGGAGCAGCCGGAGCUGGAGGCGGAGCAGCAGGCCCUGCAGAGCAGCUUCCAGCAGCUCCUCACCCCUCUGGCGCAGCGCAGGGGCAAGCUGGAGGCCGCCAAGGCCCAGCACCAGUUCUACAGAGACCUGGCCGACGAGCUCCUCUGGAUUGAGGAGAGGAUGCCCCUGGCAAUGUCACAGGAGCACGGCCACAAUCUUCAAACUGUGCAAAUGCUGCUGAAAAAGAAUCAGACGCUGCAGAGGGAGAUCGAGGGCCACCAGCCUCGAGUGGAGGAGGUGUUGGAGCGCGGGAGGAGGAUGUCGGCGGCCGCCAGCGCAGAGGGCCGACCGGAGGCUGAGCGAAUCACAGAGCAGCUGAAGGACCUGGAGGAGGCGUGGGCCCGCCUCCAGGACGAGAUGACCAAUCGCAGAGAGAGGCUGAAGAGCUCCAGCUCUGGCCAGCACUACUACAACGACGCGGAUGAGGCCGAGGCCUGGAUCGGAGAGCAGGAGCUCUACAUGAUCGCUGACGAGAAGGCCAAGGACGAGCAGAGUGCCAUGCUGAUGCUGAAGCGCCACUUGGUCCUGAAGCAGAACGUGGACGACUACGCCGACUCCAUUCAGAGUCUGGCUGACCGAGCCCAGAGGAUGUUGGCUGAGGACCAUCCUGAUGGAGAGGAGAUCAUCAGGCGACAGGGUCAGGUGGAUAAGCAGUACGCGGGGCUGAAGGAGCUGGCGGAGGACCGCAGGCUGAAGCUGGACCACACCUACCACCACUUCCUGCUGAGCCGAGAGGUGGAGUACCUGGAGCAGUGGAUCUCAGAGAAAGACGUGGUGGCCUCCUCGCAGGAGAUGGGCCAGGACCUGGACCACGUCACGCGUCUGAGGGAUAAGUUCAGGGAGUUUGCGCGGGAGACGGGGAUGGCGGGUCAGGAGCGAGUGGACAUGGUGAACGAGACGAUAGACGACCUGAUCGAGGCGGGACACGCCGAGGCGGCCACCAUGGCGGAGUGGAAGGACGCCAUCAACGAGAGCUGGGCCGACCUGCUGGAGCUCAUCGACACGCGCUCUCAGCUCCUCACCACAUCCUACGAGCUGCUCAAGUACUAUGACGAUGGAAAGGAGUUAGUGGCUCAGAUCCACGACAAGCAGAAAGAGCUGCCUGAAGAUGUGGGAGAGGACUUCAGUAAAGCCGAGUCCUUCCACAGGAUGCACGCCGCCUUCGAGAGAGACAUCACUGCUCUCGGCAAACAGGUUCAACAGUUCCAGGAGACCGCCUCACGGCUGCAUGCCCAGUACGCAGGCAGCCAGGCGGACACCAUCCAGGCCACAGAGCGAGAGGUGCUGGAGGCCUGGAGGGGCCUGCUGGACGCCUGCGAUGGCCGCCGAGCACAGCUGGUCGACACCGCUGAGAAGUUCCGCUUCUUCACUACGGUGCGAGACCUGAUGGCGUGGAUGGAGAGCAUCAUCCAGCAGAUAGACACUCAGGAGAAACCCAGGGAUGUCUCGUCCGUGGAGCUCCUGCAGAAGUACCACCAGGGGAUCCGCUCGGAGAUCGAGGCCAGGGGAGGCAAAUUCACCGCCUGCAUAGACCUGGGGAAAGCCCUGCUGACUCGAAAGCACCGAGACUCUGCUGAGAUCAAAGAGAAGAUGGUGCAGCUGAUAGACAAAAGGAAGGAGAUGAUGUUCAAGUGGGAUGACAGAUGGGACUGGCUCAGACUCUUGCUGGAGGUGUGUCAGUUUGCGCGGGACGCCUCGGUGGCGGAGGCCUGGCUCAUCGCUCAGGAGCCCUACGUGUCCAGCAGAGACCUCGGACACACUGUGGACGAGGUGGAGAAACUCAUCAAGAGGCACGAGGCCUUCGAGAAGUCCACCGCCACUUGGGAAGAGCGCUUCUCCGCACUAGAACGCCUCACUACGAUGGAGUUGUUGGAUUUGAGGAAUCAGCAACAGGAGAUGGAGAGGUUCAUUCAAGAAGAGAAACUCUCUGAUAAGGACAGCAGGAGAGAAGACACAGGUUUUGUAGAGGACUCUUCGCAGCUCUGCACCAUUGAGGAUCAGACUCUGUCUGGUUUCGGUGCAGUUGAGCCCAGUUCAGGUCAGCUGGAGGAGACGGCCGGUGACUCCACGGUGCCCAUCGAGUCCGAAAUGAGGGAGAGUGGUUCUCCGGAGCUGGACCCCUCUGUGUCGGCAGCGAUGGAGCCAGAGAGGGCGGCCACCAUGCCCCUGGAGACCCUCAGAGCCCAGACGGUGCUACAGGCGGGCAUGCUGGGACGCAAACACGAUGUGGAUGGCUCAGGAAAGAAGGCUUCAAAUAGGUCAUGGACCACCUUGUUCUUUGUGCUGAAGCCAGAGCAGCUCUCAGCCUAUAAGGAUCUGAAGACUUACAGCCAUGGCGUCACGUACCACGGAGAGAACCCUCUGUUCCUCAGUGACGCCAGCUGGGAGAUCCUCAACAUCUACAAGAAAAAGAAGCACAUCUGCAAACUGCGCCUUUCAGACGGCAGUGAGUAUUUGUUCCAGUGUAAAGACGAGGAGGAGCUCCAGCAUUGGAGCCAGGCCAUGCAGAGGGCCUUCCAGCCCCUGGCAGCGGAGGAGGCGUCGGGGCCCUCGGGGGCCAAAACCCACAGCCUGCCCCCUCCCUCCUCCUCAGCUGCCCUGCCUGAGCCCAGUGCCGCCAAAAAAGAAAAGAAGUUCAGUCUCGCUGGCAAGAAGAAGUAAAGGAAGAUGGGAGGCCAAAGGGAGGGGGGGAGGUUGUCAUGGCAACCUGGAAAGAGAAAGUAGUAUUUGUGUACAAUCAGUCGAAGCCAGCUUUUUAAUCACUAGGUUUUUUAUAUUAUUUAGCGAGAAUUAUUGUAGUUUAGGUUAAAGCCAUCACUAUUUUGCCUGUAUUUAAGCGUACUGUUGCAAAGGUCCACUUUUUUCUUUGUGUUCUUUAUAACAAAAUGCCAAAUUCAAAGCAAUUCAAUUAAAGCACAGGAAUGCUCCUUUUUACACUCAACCAAAGAAUGUUUGUUAAACUUUUAUUUUGUUGCUUUUGUUGCAAUUUUUAGCUUCAGUUCGGCAAGCUUUGAUAUAGCCAUGUACAAAAUGAAGGCCUGUAAUGAACAAGUACUCCUCAAGAUUACUGAGGAGUACUUAAAUCAUCCUGCCUUAUACAAUGGUUGUGAACUGUAAUACUGUGCUAUUUUAAUUUGGAGCACAAAAGCUUGAGUGAGUUUAACAGGCUUUAAAAAGCUUUGUAAAUGCGUCGUGGGGACUUGGUGAUGAGCUAAGCGCAGUGCUGUACAGGGCACAGACACUAAGUGUCAUUGCAGGCAUGCAAAGUAAAUGCUCUAUGCACUGUGAAGAGCUCGACUGUUGAGAUUUUUAAUUGAUGAUAUACGAGCAGUCAUGAGGCGCCACUAUCGGCUCUGAAUACAGAUCUGGUCCGGUUGUAUUCUCAGCUGAACUGUGGCAGUAGUUAUUUCUGUGAACUUGAAAUAUAUUCAACACUUGUGUAUUGAACCCUACAUUUCAUAUCUAUUCAUAUCUACAGUAUAUAUAUAUAUAUCUACAGAUGCAUGAAGUAUGUUUUACAUUAGUUUGAUAUGGUGCUAUUGUGAUAUUCUUGAACCUUCAGUCAAGAGCAACUUGACCCGCCUUAUUUGUCUUCGACUUUGGCUUGUAAGGUCACACAUAUGGAAAUGUAUUCUGUUAGCUGAGGGUGUUUCAUAGGAGAGCACAUCGGAUUGUGAAAAGUGAAGUCUGGUUCAAUCUGACACCCAUAACAACUGUGAUGUUUGCACUCACAGAGACAUAGAUAUUAAACAAAACAAAACUACACCCAUAUAUAGAUUUAAGUUAGUUAAACAAAAUUAUUUCCGACUUAUUUUGACUUAUUUAAACCUCAUUUUAGAAGAACAUUUUUGCCUAAAUAAGCUUGUUUUAAUUUGUUCUUUAACUUUAUGAAACACCCCUCUGAUCUCACAAAACUACAUCUUAUUUGCCAGAAAAUGUUGUGGGUCAAAUUAAAGCCAUUUAAACUAGUUGCUCUUGUUAGGGCGGUAAAGGAGACUGGACAUUUAUUCAAAAAGGUUUUCCGUUACAAGCCAAAGUCUAGGACAAGCUGUAGGUCAGAUGAAUCUCGACUGCUUUUCCAAACCACACAACAGGACCAGGCAUGCUCUCUAUCUGAAGCGAUGAUCAAACAGUAGCAGUGUGGAGCUGAGGGAAUGUGUCUUUAAAAUGAAUGUAAAGGAGGAGAAGGAAGGGAGAAUUAGGUACGUUUCAACAAUAAAGCCAUUAUAGAAUAAUAAAUUAUUAUUGAUAUGCAUACACAGGGAAUACAGAGUAUGUACAGUAUGUGAAACUGCAUUUAUAAUGUCCAUUUGUCACACUCACACACACACUCCCACUGCCGUCUUGCCUUGUACUGUGGGCUCUGUCUCUGAACUACGACCCAACUCAAGUGACCUCAAAGGAACGAUGGAAGUCAGGUGAAGAAAGAUGAAUGAGACUGUUCAGCUCCAGAGGACAUAUGGUAGUGCCAUGAUGAUCUCUGUGCAAAAAUAUUUACAUGUUUGAUGUUCUUGUGGCAGCCUAAACAGGGAAUACAGAUAUGUUCCCGUGUGCAGAGGGCCAGAGGAACAUCACUCCUACGAUGUACUGCUACUAGUACCAGUACUCCCAUUUCUGUUAUAAACGCACCUCUAAAUGUUAUGGGAAACUUGCAUCACGUAGGUCUUGUUUUAAUCUGUCACUAUAUCUAGUAACUCAGAUUCUGACACUUCCUAUACUCCGUCACCUCCUCCAUCCACUUUUAUUCCUCCACUCCUGCCUUUUCUGUUCAGUGGUUUUUAAUCUGCAUUUUGUACUCUCUAGCUAUGUAAAAUAUCCCAAAAUGUUGGAAAUAUCAAAUACAUUUUGAGAGAAUAAACUUUAAAAUAAACUCCUUGAAACUAUAA